CUCUUUGAACAAUAAUUGAUACAGAUUUCAAAUAUUUUAGUUGGCAUAGUGUGGUGUUGGGAUGUUCUCGCAGAUAUGGGCUCCAGACGUUUUGGAAAGGACGGACACGUUUUCAAAAAUGAAUAUGUUUUCGGAGAUUGCAAGAAUCCUAAAAAGAUUUAUUACGAAAAACAUCACAAAACAGUUCAAGAAGUACAGCGUGCAUCUGUUAUAAGGGAUUGGCUCUUUGAUACAUGGAGAAUCCCAACAUGCAUUAUUUUAAGGGCCUCAUCAUACGAAAGCAACGCGUUUCGUCUCACGUAUUACAAUUUUGAAAUCUGCGUACCCCGAGUAACUUUCUGUUACGAUAAAAAAAGAUGGAAUUACUAUUAUUAUGAAUGGUACAUCCCUAAAGGUAUUACCUACGGCUCAGAUUGGGAUAUUUAUUUCUACGGCCCAAACAAAAGUGAUUGGACACUACAGUGGGGAUAGUACAAAAAUGUUGAAAUUCGUAUCGUUAUCGAGUUCACGAUACGAUAAUAGGGUAGCAUUAAGUUAAGCACGAAGUUCAUACUAUACAGAGUCAGCGCCAUCUGGUACGAAAUGUGCGCUUUUUACUUCUAUCUGUAAUAUCUGUAAGCCAGAAGAUAAUGACAAAAUUCACCACACAAUAUUUCAGUCAUUCCUUUCUCGUUAUUCAUUCAACUUGAUAUGAUCAAAAUUUCAGUCAC